CACAUCUCACCGAUUUGGCCAGCAGGUCUUUCCCUUAAAGAUUACCAUCUUCCACAAGUCGAUGCACACCAACUCAAUCAAGCACUAGCAUCACGCCAUCACCCGCAAGAAACAUACAAUCUUGAGAUCAAGCUACCAACCUGCUGCCAUGGCGGAACUGAUUGUUGGGUUGGCCAAGUCCGUGGUGGAGGGCGCUCUGACCAAGGCCCAGUCGGCGAUCGAAGAGGAGGCCAAACUCCGGCAGAGCGCGCAGCGCGACCUGGUGUUCAUCACCGGCGAGUUUGAAAUGAUGCACUCAUUCCUCAACGUCGCCACCACGGAGCGCGUGGAGAACAAGGUGGUGAUGACCUGGGUGCGGCAGGUCCGCGAGCUGGCCUACGAUGUGGAGGACUGCAUCGAGUUUGUCGUCCACCUCGACACCAAGGCCAGGUGGUGGUGGCGUAUGGUACCGUCCUGGUGCAUAACGCCGCCACCGACGGCGCUGUCCCUGGAGGAGGCCGUCGAUGAGAUCGAGCAGCUCAAGGCCAGGGUGGAGGCUGUGAGUACCAGGAACUCGCGCUACAAUCUUAUCAGUGACUCAGGCUCCAAGCCGGCAGUCACGAAUCAUCAGCCCAUCGCGGCCGGUGCCAUCACCCUUGGCACAACCGCAUUCAACGUGCUUGCUGAGGCUAGGGACUCUGCGAGGAGGCAACAAGGCUUAGGGGAUCUCACCCGGUUGAUCACCAAGAAAGGGAAGGACCUUCAGGUGAUCACGGUGUGGGGAACAGGAGGUGAUCUUGGGAUGACCUCCAUCAUCAGGAAGGCGUACAAUGAUCCAGAAAUCUGCCAGAACUUCCCUUGUCGCGCCUGGGUGAAGCUCAUGCACCCUUUCAACCCCCAUGAGUUCGUGCAGCGCUUCAUGGCACAGGUCUACGCCGCAAAAGCUCGCGGCGGCGAAAAAAAAGGAGCAGGUGUGGGUAUAGAUGUCCUCACCAAAAUGGAGGCCAUGCAAGAAGAUGUGGUUGCGCUCAGGCGUGAGUUUGUAGAGGAAGUCAACACCAACACUUACCUCGUCGUCCUGGAGAACCUGACCGACAUGGUGGAUUGGGAUGCCGUAAGGAUGUUACUUCCUGACAUGAAGAAUGGCAGCUGGAUCGUCGUGUCCACGCAG